AUGAACAAAAGCAACAACAACGCGCUUCAAAAGUCUCAACGCGCCAACCCAUCACCACCAGCAAGUCUCACACCCACAGAAGGGACGGCCCGGCGCAUCGCACCGCAUUUAGACAACAUCAACAUCAACAUCAACAGACACGACCGGGCUGCAGAGCUACUCGUCUCCAUUCCCCCACCAAACGAAGACAGUCAACCCGAAGAUUCUCAAAUGACCGAAGUCCCAAUUGAUGCCGCGCCUCCAAUUGUCGUUAGCGGAAACCAGGAUCCGGAGGAGGCAUUGCUAGAAGCUAAAGAGAUAAACCAAUAUCUGCUGGCGAAGUCUUUCUUCGACUGCCGAGAAUAUGAUCGAUGUGCCGCCGUGUUCCUGCCGGACACUGUGCUUUCUGAAAUAUUAACAGCAGCUUCCUUAGGCACGGGUCAGAAUGUUAAUACGGGAAAAGAAAAGGGCAAAUCGAAAGCAUCUUCAGGACGGAAAAGUAAUGCUGCAUUGCCGGUGCCACCUCGGUUGAGCCAGAAGAGUAUGUUUUUGGCGUUAUACGCCAAGUUCAUGUCUGGGGAGAAGAAGAAGGAUGAGGAUAGUGAAAUGGUAAUGGGACCUCAUGAUGGCGGUACAGCGGUGAACAAGCAACUUGUUGUGAUUAGUCGGUAUUUGAAGAACUGGUUCGACCAACACACCAACGAGGCCGGAGAUUUGAUCGGAGGGCAGGGUUGGCUAGAGUAUUUGUAUGGUAUGGUGCUUGCCAAAGAUAAGAGUGAGGAAGAAGCCAUGCGUUGGCUCAUGCGGAGCGUGCACUCAUAUCCUAUGAACUGGGGCUGCUGGUUAGAAAUGACCUCGCUCAUAGGACGUGUAGAUGAUUUGAGUCGAGUUGCUCAGCAUCUACCACAAAACAUCAUCUCCUUCAUAUUCCACCUCCACACAUCACUCGAACUAUACCAGUCGACUCCGACGUUGUCAAGUUCAUUAGAGCAACUGCUGUUGAUCUUCCCGACCAGCCCUUUCCUCUUGACUUGUUUAGCGUUAUUAGCAUACCACACCAAAGACUUCUUAGCAGCGGAUUCCCAUUUCAGCAACCUGCUAGCUUUGCACCCUCAUAGACUGGAUUCUUUGGACCAUUAUUCAAACAUUUUGUACGUCAUGAAUUUACGACCGAAACUCUCGUUUUUAGCCCAUCUUUGUUCGACAGUCGACAAAUUCCGGCCCGAAUCUUGUGUUGUCAUUGGCAACUACUACUCUUUGCUCUCAUCGCAUGAGAAAGCUGUACAAUAUUUCCGCCGUGCGCUCAAUUUAGACCGUUCGUGCCUGAGUGCGUGGACUCUAAUGGGCCACGAGUAUGUUGAAUUGAAGAAUACACACGCUGCGAUUGAGUCAUACCGCAGAGCAGUUGAUGUCAAUCGCCGAGACUAUCGGGCAUGGUAUGGUCUCGGUCAGACUUAUGAAGUGUUGGAAAUGCACGCCUACGCUUUAUGGUAUUACAAGAGGGCUGCUGGGUUGAGACCAUGGGAUGGCAAAAUGUGGAUGGCUGUUGGGUCCUGUCUACAAAAAAUGGGUCGAAAUCUUGAAGGUAUCAAGGCUCUCAAGAGAGCCCUACUUGCAGAAAGCUAUUACGAAGCGGGUGUGGGAAGUUCAUUUGGUAGCGGGGAACGUGAAAGAGGUGGUCUUAUGGACCCUGAGAUUCUCCUGCAGAUCGCUGGAAUGUACGAGGGUCUCGAAGACGAGGCAGAAGCAAGAGCAUAUAUGGAGAUGUGCGUCGCACAAGAGGAGGGCUCUGGCGUCGGUUUGGACUCGUCGACUAUAAACAUUCAUACGGACUCACAGUCAUCCGAUGAUGAGUCGAGACCAGUUGCAAAUACGAGUUCUGGCGAGACUGGGACAGGUGUGACAGCUGCAACAUCCAAAGCACGGAUGUGGUUGGCAAAGUACGCCAUGAGAAAUGGCGACUACACAAGAGCUAUGCAAUUAGCUACAGAAUUAUGUCAAGAUGGAAUUGAAGUGGAAGAAGCAAAGGCCUUGGUUAGAGAAGUUCGUGUUCGAUUAGACGUGCAAGUCAAUUCUUGA